AUGGAGUUUAAAACUGAAUACCACCACCGCAGCCAACGCGCCGAGAAGGUCGAGGCCUGGGACAAGUUUCGUAACACGACACAUCCGCUCCCCGCCUCUAAUAACGACUCCUCGCAACCUUGGCAACCCUUCAAAUCGCGUGCCGACUGCGAGUUCGCCUCCAUCGCCAUCGAUGGGGAGUUUACGAAGGACAUCGUGGAUCGUUUGUUGGGUCUCAUGCGCAAGGUGGAGUCAGGGGCCGCAAAGGUAUCGUUCAAGAAUGACGAUGAAUUGCGAUCAGUAUGUGACAAAGCGGCCGAGGAGCUGACUCCUAUCGAAAAACAAACGAUUGAUGUACCUUACAAGAAGACAAGUAUACCAGUAGAUAUACACAAACGGGACCUCUGGAAGUGGGCGAAAGAGCUCCUCGAUAAUGAAUCACUCGCGCCAUAUUUCGAAUGGGACGCACAAAAAAUAUAUAAACGAGACAAUAGCUCCGGAACGUUUACACGGCUCUAUGACGAGCCCUGGACAGCUGACAGGUGGUGGAAAAUACAGACUGAUUUGCCGGAGGUACCUAAUGCUGUCCCUGCACCGUUCUCUAUACUGCUUUAUGCCGACAAGACGAGAUUGUCGUCUUUUGGAACGGUGCAGGGCUAUCCUGUGAUAGCAAGAUGCUGCAAUCUUCUGUCUUCCAUCCGCAAUGGGAAUGGGGUCGGGGGUGCGCGCGUUGUUGGCUGGUUGCCUAUCCUCAAGAACGAUCCCGAGAAAGAAGGGAAACGGACGUACACCGACUUCAAACGCGUCGUGUGGCACGAGGCUUUCAGGAACUUUUUGUCAGAUAUAGAAUUGUAUUCCGAAGCCGGCCUAUUUCACCAUUGUCACGAUGGUAUAAACCGUGUACUAUUCCCGGUAAUAUUGAUGCUUUCGGCUGAUUAUGAAGAGCAAUGUAUCAUGUCACUCAUUCGUGGGCCCAAGGGAAAAUGCCCGUGUCCUGUUUGCCUUAUACCAAGGGAAAACCUCCAUGACUCUCAGACGACAUACGAGUACCGCACACCUCAGCAAGGACGCGACGCGAUGGCCACGUAUACUAACGUCAGUAAGGGCGCCGGUGAACAGGAAUUGAAGGGAUAUGGCUUGCGGCCAGGCAAGAACGUAUUCUAUGAUAUAAAACACUCGAACCCACAUGAAGCGCUGUCAUUUGACCGCCUGCACUUUUGCCACGGCGGCAUAUUCGGGCGACAUCUUCUUCCCGAGCUGCAGACUAUAAUUAAGCAUGUUAGUAGUACGAAGGUUGGAGGAACAAUGGGCAAAUUCGACGACCACUUUGAUCGGAUGCCCCGAUGGCGAAACCUGAAUCAUUUUAGUAGUGCAGUAAACACGUCUUUCUCAGACGGCAACAAGUUCAAUGACAUGUCAAAGCAAACACUAUUCGCUGCUCAGAGUCUCUUGACUCCGAGCACAUCGCCUGAAGGAUACGCUCUGCUCCAGCUCAUCAGGAGCUAUUUGGAACUUGAUUGUUAUAUCGGCUUCGAUGUCCACACAGAAGAAACCCUCAGAGCCGGCGAAGCCGAGCUUAAGAGGUUUAAUAAACUCUUGGAGGAUUAUAUCGAGCUUGCCAAGAAGUCCGAUAUACCCGAUCUCAAGCUCGACUGGAACUUCCCGAAGGCUCACUACUUCAAGCACGCCUUUGAGGAUAUUCGAAACAAAGGCGCAAGCCGUAACUACAGCACCCAUCCAAACGAGGGAGUGCAUUCGCUUCUCAAGGCUGCAUACGGCCAUACAAACGGGAAAAAUAUCGCUGAUCAGAUCUUGCGCAUAGAUCAACAUAGGCUGGCCAUAGACCUCCUCUUCAGUCGAAUACAUGAAUAUGAAGCCGUGAUCUCGGCUCAAGACCGUUCCGAAGAUAACGACGAAGGUGACGAGUACAGCAUGUUCACGUCUUUCCCAGAAAAAUUCCACAUCGGUUCACCGCAACCUGCGGCUACUAUCCAGGCAAUACAAGCCGCUAAUCCCAACGACGACGCACUCAAACAACUGCCGCAUGCGCUACAGGACUUCGUAAAUUUCAGACUACCAAACUACUCUGGAAUGGAGAUGUAUAGAGAGCAGCGGAAUUGGUGGCAGGCGAUUAAUCGGAGUGAUACGCUCACCGAAUUCCGAUUCCUUAAAGUCAAUUAUGAAUCUUCGGAGCACUGGCGCCAGUGCACGGAUUAUCUACGGUGUCAUCCAUCAUUCCACGGUCAUCCCCGUUAUGACUGUGCGCUCGUGCAGAUAUCCGAUGACGAGCAGGCUUUUGUACGUUUUGUUAUCAUCUUCAAGAUCAUGCUUCCUGGUUUGUCAGAGCCGCUUUCUUUAGCGCUUGUGCACCCGUAUACCGCAGGUCUCCCAGGCCUAGAGAAGAAGGUCGACAAGGACCUUGGAUUCAUUCGCGUGAAGGCAGCGCCUCGCAAAUCCGCCAUUGUAAUCCCACUUGAUUUGAUAGUCCGAGGAGCAAUGCUUGUUCCUGAUUUCAAAUCGACGAACGAGUUCCUUGUCAACACGUACAUUGACGGGGACAUGUUUCUUCGUAUGCAAAAAUGGAGCCGAUAA